AUGAAGUUCCAUUCCUCUGCCUACGCGGCCUCGCUUUUGGCCGCUGCCCUGCAUUCCGGUGUAGCGUCCGCUGCAUACGAUACCUCUAAAAGCCCCUUGCUGCUUUUGAGCAAUGACUCCACAAUGAACUUCGACUUGCUGACUCCUCUCGGUGAGUCCAUCACCGGAGGAGGCGACGUCGGACCGAUUCUUGCCGCCGCCAAAGAUGUCAAAGCCGGAAACAUGACAUCCUUCACCGAGGUCUUCUAUAAGCUCGCCAAUGACACCAAGGCCCAGGCCGAAGACCCGGAUAAUGCCUACGACCCCGUCAAUGUCAGGGACACAUGGUUCUCUGCCGCGGGGUAUUUCCGCAAGGCUGACAACUACCUCCACGGCAACUGGAGCAAUCCGCUCAUCGAAAGUCUGUGGGACGAGCAACUUGAUGCUUUCAACAAAGGGAUAGCUGCUUUGCCUAUUCCUGGCAAGCGCAUCCGCAUCCCGGCCACCAAGGGCAACUUCACCGUUGAAGCCAUCUGGUACUCUGCUUCCGAGAGUAAGCACAAGAAGCUACCGACGUUAAUCAUUGGCAACGGAUUCGACGCUGCUCAGGAGGACUCUUAUCACAACUUUGUCGCGCCCUCCCUGGCCCGAGGAUGGAACUGCAUCACCUACGAGGGCCCGGGCCAACCAACUGUGCGCCGUAACCAGGGCUUGGGUUUCAUCCCCGACUGGGAGAAGGUCGUCACCCCCGUUGUGGACUAUGUUCUCUCAGAAAAGAAGGACGUCGUUGACAGCACCCGUCUCAUCCUUCUCGGCAACUCUAUGGGCGGCUAUCUGGCUGCCCGUGCCGCGGCCUUCGAGCCUCGCCUGUCUGCGGCGGUCUUGAUCGACGGCGUCUGGGACAACUACGCUGCGUACGCAAGAGAGUUAUCACCUGAACUUCUCGCGAUCUAUGAGGCAGGUAACUACACGCAAUUCGACGACGUCCUCCUCUCCGCUAGAGAGGCCGGGAAGCUCCCCACCGGCGCCGCCUGGGGCAUCGACCAAGGUCUGUGGGCGUUCCGCACGCACUCGCCCUCUGAUUUCUUUACCCAGAUCAAAUCGUACAACGUGGAGUCGUUCAUCCACAAAAUCAGGAUCCCUGUAUUUGUGGGUGACGCUGAGCUGGAGAGCAGCUACAUCGGACAGCCGAAGCAGGUGGCGGAUGCGCUGGGCCACCGGGCUACUCUGCAUACUUUUAAGGGAGCUGCUGGAUUUCAUUGCCAGACUGGCGCUGGACAGGAGCUUUCCAGAACGAUCCAUGCGUGGUUGAACAAGACUUUCAAUAACACAGGGGAUGGUCACUGA